CUGAAUAUAAAUGCCAGAUGUUGCUGAAGGAAACAGGAUCUGCUUUGUGAAAGAAGUGGCAAGCAAUGGAUCCCAAAUAUCAGCGUGUGGAGCUAAAUGAUGGUCACUUCAUGCCCGUAUUGGGAUUUGGCACCUAUGCACCUCCAGAGGUUCCGAGGAACAGAGCUGUGGAGGUCACCAAAUUAGCAAUAGAAGCUGGCUUCCGCCAUAUUGAUUCUGCUUAUUUAUACAAUAAUGAGGAGCAGGUUGGACUGGCCAUCCGAAGCAAGAUUGCAGAUGGCAGUGUGAAGAGAGAAGACAUAUUCUACACUUCAAAGCUUUGGUGCACUUUCUUUCAACCACAGAUGGUCCAACCAGCCUUGGAAAGCUCACUGAAAAAACUUCAACUGGACUAUGUUGACCUCUAUCUUCUUCAUUUCCCAAUGGCUCUCCAGCCAGGUGAGACGCCACUACCAAAAGAUGAAAAUGGAAAAGUAAUAUUCGACACAGUGGAUCUCUGUGCCAUAUGGGAGGUGAGUGCUUGGAGGACAGAGCACAGAAAAGGAAGACAAGAAGAGGUCAUGGAAAAGUGUAAGGAUGCAGGAUUGGCCAAGUCCAUCGGGGUGUCAAACUUCAACCGCAGGCAGCUGGAGAUGAUCCUCAACAAGCCAGGACUCAAGUACAAGCCUGUCUGCAACCAGAAGAUUCUAGAAAGCAAAACAUCUGUCUAGAAGAAAACGGAAGACCCUUAAUUGCACCUCUCCUUGGAGAAGUCUUAAUGAAAAUGGUACAGAGACCUUCAUGCUAAAUUGUGUGUACUAUUUUUGGGGGGAGGUGAAUUUCAUCAAGGAGGACUGAAAUGGUUAAUCAAAACUCAGGGAGAAGGUGGACUUAUCUCUAAGGUAUGAAAGACCACCAGAGAGUGGAUUGGUAAAGAUGAUUUGGAGUAGAAUGUAUAUAAUUAUAGAGGCCAUAAAAACAUGGGAUGAGCAAUAAAUCAGGAGACAGUGAGAAUAAGAGAAGAUAGGUACUACGGGUUUAAAUAGGGUUUAGAUGUCUGAAUGCUUUUUCUUGUCAUCUCUGUUUUCAUAGUUCUUGAGCAGGUACUAAAAAUUAACUGGAAACAAUGAAAGUCAUCCAGGUUAGAGAGAGGAAGUUACCCGUUUAUGAGAGUUGCUUGAGAGAUAAGCUGAAAGGAUGUGGCGUGCUACCCCCACCCCUGCCUCGUGUAGAAAAGCCUGCCAAUGUUGCCUCAUUUAGACCCAGACUCCAAAACGGGAGUCUUAUAUAGCUGGACCACCUAGGAAGAGAGGUUCUAAAGCAUAAAAAAGAAAGCAUUUCAUUUUGGGACACUUAUUUGCAGCUGGAAAUGGGGGAAUGGGCUAACUGGCUAAACUACUAUCUUGUCCAUCCUGCCUUCAUUUCAGUCCUUCCACAUUGCUAUUUGGUGUUUGGACUGUGCUAGAAGAACUGUUUUAUACAGGCUGCUAUUCAAUAAAUUUGUUAAUACCAUACCCACACCAAAGGAUUUAACACUGAAAAGAUUAAGGUAAUUUUGGAAAAUUCUAAAAGUCACUUUUCACUCCUGAGAUGUAGGUGGUCAGGAGAAAUGAGGAACACUGUAGAAGCCAUAUGCAAGAUGCACAGAUGGCAUUGUGUUUGUUGUGGACUGUUGAUGUUAACAGGAUGGAAGAAGUCAAAACUGAACUUUAUAAAAUAGGGUAUAAGAAAAUAAAGAUGUCCCUGUACUUACAGGUGCUAAGAAACUAGACUUGAAGAACUUGUCUGUCUCAGAAAUUGAGAAAUUGUUAGCAAUGGUUGAACUAAGCUCAUCAACUCCUUGGCAUUUGCAGCCUACCUGUGCAAUCAUAGGACAUGAAAUAAAGGAAGGACUUGAGAAACUCCAUGAUGUGAUAAUGAAGAGAAAAAUAUUGCAGUAAUAUAAAAAGAUGAAUAUGAUACCUUUUCUAUAUAUGUAGAAUAGAUUUUCUCUGGUCUGGUUUUGACAAAUGCAAGACUGUCUACAGCCUAGUUUUCCUGUAUGCCCUCCUGGGUGCUAUCAAAGCUUCAUUUCAUUGAACAAUCAGAUGCCCAACUCUGUGGCUUUGUGGAAGAUGAGUAAAUGCAGUAAUGCUUGAAAUGGUCUCUUCUCCCUAGCCCACAAAUAUUUUGGUACUAUCAUUUUGGGAAGUCAAGCAAGUAUAGUAAAUUAACCAGAACACAAUUGUGGAAAUUUGAUGCAAAGUUAGUGAAAUAAAACUUUAAAGAGUGAAAAAAAAAAGUUAACUAUUUAUGGAGAUAACUAGUUAUGGUGGAUGAAAUCAACACUGAGGAAAAUUUAGCAGAACAUUGAGCUGAACUUUUGACUGUCCACAUCUUAUUCUGAUGCACUGCUUUGCUUUCUGUCAUCAAAUCAACUGUUUAGAAGCAUUUAUUCUGCGUAUGGUUCUGUUCUCUUACUCUUUUACUACUUAGAGUCAAUGAGUACAGGUCUACAGUUGAAACAUGUAUUUAAAAUUUAUGUAUUUGGUAAUAUAAUACAAAAUCAUGAUUUUCAAUUAAAAAGGAAUUAAUGUGGUUUUAAUAUUAGUUUUACUCAAUUUUUAUUAUGACAACUUUCAAAUUUUAGAGAAAUUUGAAGGGAUAAUACAGGACAUCUACAUGUUAUCAUCUAUUUCCAAAAUUGUUGACACUUUGCCAACCUGGCAAGUAUAUAGGCAUAUAUGAGUAUAUCUGCAUAAAUACAGGUAGUAUUUGUUGAAUCUCUUCAAAAUAUAUUCCAAUGAUCACAAUUCACCUCUACAGACCUUUCAAAGCAUGGCAUAGGAAUGAAGAUAUUCUCCCAGUAACAGUGCAAUUAUUAUAUCUAAGGAAGUAACAAUAAUGCCCUCAUAUCAUUGAUUAUCCAGUCAGUAUUCAUAUUUCCCAUUGUUUUAUUGAAAGAUCUCUUAUACCUCUAUUUUAACCAUAAAUAGAAGAUUAAAAAAUUUAAAGAUACCAUAUAAUAAGAUAUUAAGUACCUGAAAUUAUACCUAAUAAAAGAUGUGUAUGACCUCUAAGGAGAGAAUUAUAAAACAAUGAAGAGUAAAUAAAUAAAAGAUGUAUCAUUAAAAAAACAAACAAACAAACAAAAUCCAAUUGUGACUUUCA